CACUCCCCUAUUGCCUGACAGGAAGGGGUGGUGCUUACAUGUUGUUUUGCUGAAGUGUUGUCUUUAGAGAGCCGAUUAGCUGUUUUACGUCAGUUUUACAGCUAAAAUUGGAAGAAUACGCGUUCAAGAGCGAGAUUUCACUCGCGAAAUUCACAUCAAGUGAUUCCUACAAUCAACUAUAGCAAGCAAAAACAGAGCCCGGAAACGGCAAACAUGAAAUGGAUGUUCAAAGAGGAUCAUUCCUUGGAACAUCGAUGCAUAGAAUCGGCCAAAAUCCGCAACAAGUACCCCGACAGGGUCCCGGUGAUUGUUGAGAAAGUGUCUGGAUCCCAGAUAGUGGACAUUGACAAGAGGAAGUACCUGGUCCCCUCUGACAUCACAGUGGCUCAGUUCAUGUGGAUCAUCAGGAAACGCAUUCAGCUGCCCUCGGAGAAGGCCAUCUUCCUGUUUGUGGACAAGACAGUCCCCCAGUCCAGCAUCACUAUGGGACAGCUGUAUGAGAAGGAGAAAGACGAAGAUGGCUUUUUAUAUGUGGCAUACAGCGGCGAAAACACCUUCGGCUUUUAAAACAAGGGAGCCAUGAUCGGGACCGACCUUACCUGCUGCCAUCUAAUCAUAGCCCUCACUCCAGCCCCUGCACCGGCCGUGGGAAACCCCAGUGAAAACACCACAGAAAGACGGACUAACUGCUCUCCAGGCUGGCCCACGUUGCACCUGUACUUUGAAGAUUCAUUGUAGAUUUAGCUGUUAAGGUUCACUAAUACUCUCCACUAUAUCGAUUUGAAGUAUCUUUCCAACUGCUUUUAUGUGCGAAUGACUUCUUCUUUGAAGACAAUAUUUAUGAGAAUUGUAAUAUUUUAAUUUAAGGUAAGGUAGCUGGAUGACCUAACCAAUAAAUAUAUUCAAAUUAAA